AUGCCUAGCUAUGCGAUGAUGGUUUUCUUGCUACCAAGGGGAACCUGUAAGGACAUUGAGACAUUGAUGAAUGAGUACUGGUGGACGGGAACUGUGGGGAGUGGAAAAGGCAUAUGGUGGAGAUCUUGGCAGGGUUUAACAGCCCUGAAAGCAGUUGGGGGAAUGGGUUUUCGUUCUUUGCAUGAGACAAAUUUGGCACUACUGGGGAAACAGGCGUGGAGGUUGGUCACAAGACCAAACUCAAUAGUGGCCCGAGUUUACAAAGCACGGUAUUAUCCGAAUAGCACCUACGAUCAGGCGGUGGAAGGUAGCAACCCAUCUUUCAUUUGGAGGGGUUUGCUUGAGGUCCAGCGAGUGAUUCGGGAUGGGUGCAGGAGGAGUAUUGGAGAUGGCCACGAUACGGUGAUUGGUAAGCAUGCAUGGUUACCAUGUGUGGAUGAGCCUUUCGUCACUACACCAGUAGAUGAGGAGACCUUUAACUCACCAGUGUCUUCUUUGUUUGAUGCUCAAAAUACAGGUUGGGAUGUGCAACGGAUGCGGAGUGUCUUUAACGCCCGGGAUGCCAGCUUGAUUCUGAACAUACCAAUUUCUGUGCAAAGGCCAAGGGAUUCAUGGUACUGGUAUUAG